CUUGGCGGUUAGUAAAAAGUCUCGAUUAAAAUAUACAAAUUGUAUUAUAAACAAAUAACAGAAUAAACAUUAAAUCAAUUUACAUAUCUGAAUCCAUAAAAGAUGGUGCGUAUCGAGGAUAACGGAGAACCAGGCUGCAAGACUGCUGCUGAAGUGAAUCAACGAUUUCGUAAUUUCGAGGAUCCCACCUCAUAUUGGCAAUGCGCCAUACAGGGUCAGCCAGCCAAAAUAGUGCGCUGUGAACCGAAUAAACUCUACUCAGAGGAGGAACAAAAGUGCAUUGACUGGAAGAAAUGGCAUUGGACGGAUCCAAAAGAGCCACCCAGCCGGCCUAGUAAAGCUAAUAAAUAAGCAAAAAGCUUAUAAUAAUCAAAUUAUUAUAAACAUAAGCAUAAAUAUGUUUGUGAAUUGAGAGAUUUAGAUAAUAAUUGUUAUAGUAAGUGUACAUAAAUUCGUCUUAGAAAAAAGGAACAACAAAAAUAUACAAACCAUAUAUUCCAUUGAGUUACAUAUGUAAG